GCUAAACACCCACUGCGCAUGCGCGUUGCCGUCAGCUGGGCGCCGCGGAAGCAGAAUCAUGGCGGCGUCCGCUGCUAGCGUGCAGUGUGCCUUAAGGAGAGCGAUGGCACCGUCGUUGGUGGUGAUUUUGGGAGCUACCGGCACCGGGAAGUCCAAGCUGGCGAUUGAGAUCGGAAGGCGGUUUCAGGGAGAAAUCAUCAGCGCCGACUCCAUGCAGGUUUACCGGGGUCUCGACAUCAUCACCAAUAAGGUGACAGCUGAGGAGCGCGCCCAGUGCCGACAUCACAUGAUCAGCUUUGUGGACCCGUUGGUGAGCAGCUACACGGUGGUGGACUUCAGAAACAAAGCGCUGGCUCUAAUAGAUGACAUGCACAGCAGAAACAGACUGCCAGUCGUCGUAGGAGGAACAAACUAUUACAUCGAGUCCCUGCUGUGGAGAGUCCUGCUGGACACAGGACAGGAGAACGAGGAGCCAGGGGACGGAGGAGAUGAAGCCCCAAAGAGGAAGCUGGAGCUGGAGAAACUGGGAGGAGCGGAGUUACAUAAACGACUGGCAGAGGUGGACCCCAAAAUGGCUGCCAUGUUGCACCCCAACGACAGACGCAAGAUAGCCAGGAGUCUUCAAAUCCACGAGGGGACAGGCGUCUGCCAUAGCCGCUGGCUGGAGGAGCAAAGGGAGCAGGAGGGUGGCGAUGGGCUGGGGGGGCCGCUGAGAUACCCAGACCCCUGCAUCUUCUGGCUGCACGCUGAAAUGGACGCUCUAGACAAGCGGUUGGAUGCUCGUGUAGAUCAGAUGUUGUCUGCCGGACUCAUAGAGGAGCUCAGGGACUUCCACGUUCGCUACAAUCAGCAGAAAGUCCAGGAUGACAGUCAGAACUAUCAACAGGGGAUUUUCCAGUCGAUCGGUUUUAAGGAGUUCCAUGACUACCUGACGGCUCCUGAAAGCAGCACUCAGCAGGAGAAGGACACGCUACGAGACAAAGGUAUAGAGGCUUUGAAGAUUGCCACGAGGCGUUACGCCCGCAAACAGAAUAAAUGGGUCCGUAACCGCUUCCUUAAACGUGAGUGCCCUCAACCCACCUCAUGCAGUAUGGCUUUGUUUUCUGUGUGUUUGGACUCCACAGUCCAGUUCCUUAGAAAUCAGCACUCUCUUUAACAAGAUGAGAUUCAU